CGCUGCUCCCUCCCUUGGUCGCCAGAUUGACAGUUAAGUCCGCGCGAGCGCCUCUUCAGCUAACUUUACCGAGCCGCACCGCCGCUGGAUUAUAACACCGCUUCCGGAUAAGAACACGUUCGUGAAAGCUCGUCGCACGCUGGAAGUCAGACCUGAGGAAAUGAGAAUUUAGGAGGGUCGGUAAGCGAAGUGAACAGGCCAGAGUAAAGGGGUUUAGUGUUGUGUUCAUGGCUGCUGGGGAUGGCGCGCAGCUGCCGGCGACACUAGCGGCCAGCAGGAGCGUGGAGAAAGCGCUGGAGGAGGCAGCGGCCAGCGGAGCGCUCGUGCUUUCCAAUCGCAAACUCAAGGAGUUUCCCCGCACAGCCAGGAACUACGACCUGUCCGACAUCACACAUGCAGACCUGUCAAAGAACCGGCUGUGUGAGGUGCCAGAGGAGUUGUGCCAGUUCAUCUCUCUGGAGACACUCAGCAUCUAUCACAACUGUGUGCGCUCAGUCCCCUCCACCCUCUGCCAGCUACAGGCUCUCACCUACCUCAACCUCAGUCGUAACCAGCUGUCCAGUUUGCCCAUGUCAGUAUGUGAGCUCCCUCUGUUGCGGGUGCUCAACAUCAGCAACAACAAACUACCGGUCCUUCCUGCUUCCAUACACAGACUUGUGCAUCUCCGGCAACUGGAUGUGAGCUGUAACGAGCUGCAGUGUUUGCCGGUGGAACUGGGUCAGCUGGAGGGUUUACGGGAUCUGAACUUGAGAAGAAAUCAGCUCACGACCCUGCCAGAGGAAUUGGCUGAGUUGCCGCUAGUCCGUCUGGAUGUCUCCUGCAACAGAAUUUCCCACGUUCCCGUGUGCUAUCGGCACUUGCGGCAUCUGCAGCUCAUCUCACUGGAUAACAAUCCUUUGCAGAUGCCCCCAGCGCAGAUCUGCUCCAAAGGGAAGUUCCACAUUUUCAAGUAUCUAAAUAUGGAGGCAUGCAAAAGGAGCCAGGACCAGCUGGAGAGAGCUCUGCGGCCCAGUGGUUUCAGCAGCUGUCUUUCAGAUCAGGAGCUGUUCCCUGGUCAGUAUGGUGGUCUGGACUCUGGCUUCAACAGUGUGGACAGUGGCAGCAAGAGAUGGUCUGGAAAUGAGUCGGCCGAUGAUUUUUCAGAGAGAUCUUUGCGAUUGAUGGAAAUUUCCCGUGAGCAGCACAGGGAAGAAGACGAGAGGAACACGUUGUUGGAUACACCCAAAGUGAAUGGAGACAUGGAGCAGGUGGAUUUCAUUGACAGCAGUUUAACAGAAGAGGAUGAGGAAAGCUGCAAACCAGACACUCCCAGGCCUCCACAGUCAUCACACGCACAGGAGAAGACUGAAAGCAGGUCCACGCCCUCACAGAGCCCUGAUUCAGCUGGCAGCAGGAGGAGUGUUGGCAGUGAAUCGGCUGAUGCAGGCCCACCGUCCAGUCCUUCGCUAGAGGAGAAGAAGAGGCCUGGCACGCUGCAGCUCUGGCAGGAGAGGGAGCGUGCGCAGCAGCAGCAGCGAGAGCGACUGCAGAAGACAGCAGUAAAAACAGGAAGUCAGUCAGCAGCAACAGGCAAACAGGCAGGAACAGGAAGUGUUUCGUGUGGUGACUCUACAGACAGCAGUGCCACUGUUAACGGUCUCCGCCAAAGAUCUGUUACUAUGGAUCAGGUUCAACCAGUAUCCCUCCAGCGUUCAACAAGUCGCACAGAUGUGCCCUCUGCUAAGCCAUGUUCUCCUACUGGCAGCACUCCCAAACCCAACAGCUUCCUCUUCCGCGCCUCUUCACGCUGCAAUGUCAAGACUUCAGGAUCAAUCCAGUCUCUGGCUGAGUCAGGUCGCAGUGAGUCCCGAUCCACGCUCAAAUCACCACGAGAGGAGAGAGCAGAAAUCUCCCAGUUACGUAAGUCCCUGGAGUCUUCUCUGAAGAUUACCCUUCCAGAAGAUCUCGGCGAAUCGUUGUCCAACGGCACUAUCCUCUGCCAGCUAGCCAAUCACGUACGCCCUCGGUCAGUGUCAAUCAUCCACAUCCCUUCCCCUGCUGUGCCAAAACUGAGUGCCGCUAAGUGUCGUCUCAACGUCGAAAACUUCCUCGCCGCCUGCCGCAAGCUGGGCGUUCCUGAGACGGAGAUGUGUCUAGCGUCUGAUAUCCUCUGCAGUAAGCUGCGUGCAGUGCAGCGCUGCGUGGAGUCUCUCUUGUUGAUAGGAGGAGGAGGAGAGGGGUUGAAGGAGGAGAUACAAGCACACUCUCCCCCUCUCUUUCCCUUCUCCCUCAUCCCCACCGGCUUCUUGCUCUUCUACUGCCUCGUCAUGGGCCUGCUCUACCUGCUCUACCACCACCUUACUGCAUAAAGCGCAUACGUGUGUGUUUACAUGAGAGCAUGUGUCAGAUCUAAUCAAUGUGUGUGCUUCCACAUAUUAAUAAGGCUUUGCAGCAGUGCACUUUCACACCAUGGCGCUCGAGGCAUACACUGCCAAUAGCACGACACAAGAUGGAGAUGCGCCAUAAGUAGAGCUAGCUGCACUGCCAUCCAGACAGCCUGGCAAUGGCACACAUACACACUCAUACGCCACAUAGUUCUGUUACACUCUGUAAGCUGCAGUGAGUAGAUGUGGAACCAACACAGUGGUUGUUUAAUGCUGUAUCUGUCUUAAGCAGAAUUGUAUAUAAAAAUACUUAAUACUGUUACUUAAUACUGUAAGUUUAUGGACAGGGAGACUUUGUGGGGUUGCAGUAUGUUUAUUAUUAUUAUUAUUAUUAUUUUUUUUUUUAAACUCAUGAAUUACAAAAGAAAAACAUUUCAUAUAAGCUGCCCAGACAAAAUUUAGCCUCAUCUGUCAUUUCUUUUCUAAUACUUGGUUACGCCUCCCUUCAGCUUAAUAACAGCGCCAAUCCGGUUAGGUGCGGAAUUCAGCAGAACCUUCUGUCAAUAUUAGACCACUCUCACUGACUGGGUGCAACUCUGUUAGACUUCGUAUAGACUACUUUGGUAUUUCUCCUGCUGUUCUAAAUAGUUCCACAAGUUUUCUUUUUUUUCUGUAAAAAAAAAAAAAUUUUUUUUUUUUACCCCAUUUGGUCAUUUGCGAAUUCUCACCCACUGGCCAGCUCUACCCUAUCACACGUCAGCUACCAAUUGGGGAGAGUGAGUGCGUGCUUUUUUCCGAGACGCAUAAAAUCAGCUAACGUAUCUUUUUGAGCUGCUGCUCAUGAGCUCAUAGUAGCACAUGACUGGCUGUUGCGCUCAGACUGACAGGGUAGAGAGUAACACCAUUCAUUCCAUCUAGAGAGCAUGGCCAGUGAUGGCUGUGGCAUCAUUGAGAAUCAAAUUUGCAAUCUCCCCCUUCUGUUGCAUCACUCAGGAGCCACAUGCCACAAGUAUUCUGUGUAGAGAUGCCUACGUCUAUGUGGUUUAGCUGUAGCACUUAGGAUUUCUGACCCCUUGCUAAAGCAGUGGGCUGACCAAACGUGAAUAAAAUUCAGACCAAACGCAAAUUCUGUAAAGGGGAAAGAACACUGGCAUUGACUUUAUCUAGGUUGUGUGAGCAGAAGGCAGAGGGUUUUGUGAUAAAAUCCUCUUUGGGCAGACAAGUUAUUCUUUCAUAUCAGUAAUGAAACGCUAAACACAAGGCAUUUAUUGCUUUAAUGCUGUUAUCACAAACCCGUCCUGACCUCCAACGUAUGCUAGGGUUUUUGUGGUUAAAUUCAGAUUUUUCUGUCUGCCUGCUAAGAUUUUCUUGUUAGCAGUGUUGGCUUCUCUGUCUGAGGGAUUGAGGUGAUUUUGCAAGCGAGUCAAACUGUCCAACUGCUUGUUGAUUUGGUCCUGUGAGUGUCAGAGUUGUGUUCUGCUUGAACCUGAAGCACCAAACCUCAGAAUCUGGCCAACAAACUGACCAUGAUUUAAUGAUGAGUUACCGUCGUCUAUGUGCUGCUAUUGAUGGAUGCGGAUGAGUCUGUUUUUUUUUUUUUGGUCUGGGGAGCUUAUUAAAACCCUUAAAACUAUGCUGUCCAUCACAGCUGGAUGAUCUUAAUCAGAAAUAGUCUGUUUUAAAGUGGUAUUUAUCUGUUCUUAGUAUCCACUUCCCAAAGGGCUUCGCCACCGCUUUGCCUUAGCUUACACACAGGAUCGAACUUUGAGGAUGGUGUAGUAUUUGUACGUGUCCCUGGGAAAGAGUGUGUUUUAUAACGGUUUAUUUAGCCACCGGCACAAAUUGUAAAAUCUGCUCACAUCUUGUUCAAAGGGCUUUAAAUUUUUUAACCACUUUGCUUGCAAAUGUAAGUGCCUGCAAUGUCUGACGCUACUGUUACAAACUCCACCAUGUCCAUUCCAGUCUCUCUGACCUGCUGCAUGUGUGUUAUUUGACAUUUUGGAAUGGUGUGUGCAAAUGAGUAUUAAAGACCCCGUUCCCAUUUGUCCAGUUAUUCAAUCAGAAUAUUUCUUUCAAUUAUUGGGGUUGAGGGACUGGAAUGAAAUGUUCGCUGUUUGUUUCUUUGUUUUUGUCCUGUUGACUGACUGUGACCACCAGGGGGCAGUGGUGUUGCACAACUGCACUCAAAGCUAUAUGUCUUAUGGUACCGAAGUAAUGUUUCUGAGUUCUGAUGUUGUAUGUAUGUGUAUUAUUUUGUUUUGGUCAGCUUGCUAUGUAAAAUUAAGUUAUUGUUUAUUUAUUCAUGCAUUCCUGUGUCAAGCAGCAGUAUUGGGUGAAACACGGCUUCACAGAGCAAAUCCCUAUCAGCUCUAUCAAAGCAUUGCGAAAUUUGACUCCUUUAAUAUGUAGUUUUACACAGAUUAUCCACUGUGUUCAUUAAAAAAAGUGGUCUGGAAAUACAGAGCCCCAAGUCGGAAUAUCAAAUGCAAGAACAUUUUCUACAUCAGUAAAUAUCAGCUCCUGUCACAUGUGUGUGUAUAUACAAACAAAAACAGCAAGUGUUAAUGAAAGCUGUAAAUUCUUCUCAGUGGAAUAACAUCCCAUUAAAACCUUCUUAAGCUUCUUUUUAAAUGCCUCAGUAAUGUUGGUUUUAGGCCCAUGAGUACCCAUGUUUCCUCAGUACUGCUGCUGUUGCUUUUGUGUUCCCUGCAUACUUAAUGUGAUUUAGCAGCUUUGCAGACAGUUGACUAACGAGCAGACGCUCAUCUGGAGAGAGUGAUAAGGGCACAUGGGAGAGAAUGGAGUGAAAGAAGAAGGAGAGGAGAAGCACAAGGGUGGGCUGAUAGGAUAGAAAAUGUGAGGUGAAUAAAAAAAAGAAUGUUUAGGAAAUAGGUUAAUUUUCACUUAUCCAAUUUGUUGAAUGCUUCCCACUAAUGUGUUUUAAUGUCUUACCACAUUUAAAAUGAGCUUUCUCAAAACUACAGUAUGCAUGGAUGUGAAAUCUCUUCUCAUGAUUCCCACAACUUAAAUCAUAGUUUUUCACAUUUUCAGUCCACACAAAUGAAAUUGCCUGAAGCUGUAACCGAAAGCCAUGUUGCUUAUUCAGAGCAGGGAUGUUGAACUACCCACAAAUGCUGCCCUCUUCGUUUUUUCCCCCCUUUUUUCCAGCUACUUUCAGUUUUUGUUGGAGCAAGAUCUGCAAUAAUGUUUCAACCAAAAUAUCUCUUAGGGUGAAGCGAGUUAUGAAAGCACCAAACUCACUGGAGUUGAAUUUUGAACUUUUAAAGAAAUUGUUAAGAAGCAAGAUGUAUUUUGUAAUAUUUAUAUCCCUCAUGUAUUUAAGGAGGUUAAUUGUAAGUUUAUAUAGAUUCAGAUUUUUUUUUUGCUGUAAUUAUUAAAAAAGAAAGAAAAAAAAAAAGGAUCUUAUUUUCUGUGCUGCUUCCUUUUCUGUUUUCUCUUAUGUUUUGCUUUCAAUGUGUUUUUUUCUUUCUCAAGCCAAUCAUCUUCCCUCAGGUCUCUGUUGAUAGCUUUUAAGUCUCUAGCCAUUGUGUUUGCUUAUUGCUAAGGUAAGUGUUAAAUCCAUCCUUACUGCGAAGUGAAGGAAAUAAGGGAUUGUGCAUGAGUGAGUUUAGAUCUUGUUGAAACAUGUUCAGCUUCUGACGAUACACUGAUUGGGAAAACAACACACUUUUCCUUUCUUGCUGCAAAAAAAUGCAUGGCUGUUAAAGCUUGAAAUAGCGACAGUGGGAAAAUCUACUUGUGGAAGUUUAAAUGUGAGAAUGUGAGGUAUUGGGUAGUGUGCAUGCUGUUACUGCUGCUUUCCUUGUCCUUUCUGCACAAAACCUGUGACCUGAUUAAAGUGUCUUUCAGUUCCAGUCCUGCACUACCAUGUCCUGUUGAGCUCUCCGGCUAUCCAUAAAGCACUGCCUGAACUCAAUCUGGUGUGUGAGAGCCGUAGGGGAGGAAAAAAAAAUGAAACACUGCAGUGUAGGUCUAUCAGGACUGGAGCUGAGAAACAGGAAUACGAAAUACAAAUCCUCGUUAGUGUGUUGUUGUCUGCACUAAUCUGUAUGUGCACUUGUGCAUGUUUGUCCUUGGUGCUUCAUCACAUGUUUCCGCAUGCCUGUUUCUAACCUGUUUGAACUGUCCUCCAAACUCCACCAGGACUCUCUGUGUCCAGCUCAGCUCAUUCUGGAGGACGAAGGACUGAGCCGCAUCGCUCACACUGUCCAGACUCUGCUGGAGCUGCCCCAGUCCGGACCCCGCCGCUCCUCCCUUCAAACGCCUGCGCAAAAUACCAACA